AUGUUAAUUGGUAUUGUAUCAUUGAUUUCAAUUUUGUUAGUAGAAGAGGCGACUGGAAAAGGAGUGAUCUUUGAUGUGGAACUUCUUAUAUUGGAUACGUGGGCCAAUUUAUACACACGUUUGGCUGACACUUGGAAAUGCUUUUUGGAAACAUUACGUCCAUCACUUGGUGGCAAAAAUCACACAUGUGUCGAAUCAGACAAAAAGAAUAAAUGA